GCUCACGUGUACUUCACACUCCUCCGCUGCCUUUUCUCAUUCUGCUGCGGUGCCGCUGCUUCAUCGCAGGAGCCUAAAAAAUACACUCAACGUUGGUUUUCUUCUGUUGGUCCAUUUGAAAAAAAAAGAGCCGGUAAACCGCGCGCGAGGGCCUCCCGCUACAGCAGACCCUCUUGGAAGAAAUUGAUUCGGCCACCAGCACCAACGCCGCCGACAUUCUCAUCUACUUAAGAACAUUAUUAGUGUUUUCUUUUUUUCCUUUUCUCUUUGUUUCCCUUCACUGUGCUUAUACUGUUUCGCGAGGCAGCCGUUUUCAACGACUCCUUUUUGGUUUUUAUUUAUUUCAAGUGCUUUGCUCGUCUACUGUGCUUUCACCUGCUCUGCUCCUUCUUCUUGCCAUUAGUUUUGUUGAGGUGGUGGGAAGCUGCAUUCAAAAAGGAAAAGGAAAAUUUCCCUCACACUUGCGGAGGAAGGGAAGAGGUCACACAUCCCGAAAGGGACGCUCUUCUUCUUCGUUUAUUGUUAAUAGUUUCCUUCUUUUUAUUACUUUAUAUACGGUUUUUUUUUUGCCGUUUCAUUCGUCAGAGACGGACGGGAAAAGACGGAGAAGCGUUCAAGCGGAUAGUCUCUCCGUUGCUUUCCCGCAACACGCGGUGGGGCUCGUGCGGGAGUGACAUUAAAGAAACAAGAAAGUCCAAGAAGGAGAAAAAAGAGGACGCAUCAGUUAGUAUAUUUAUCAAAUAAACGACUCCGUCCUGUUCAACGAAACACGGAGUAGGCGAUUUGCAUCAACGCACACACCAACUGCUACUUAUAGAACACGAUCGAUACAGCGAAACCCGCGCUAGCGAGUCCAUGUUCGCGCUUCAAACGAACGACUUCCUUAGUUGGUCUCUCGCCUCUCCGCCGGGGUCCGACUCGGAUGAGGUCGAUCACUCCCGCGGACUCGGUGCCGCUUCUACCGUCUCCUGCAUCCAGCGGCUGCCACGUGAGCUCCUAAUCAACAUUUUCAUCGAUGUUAUUAGCAACGACGACAACGACUUCCGCUGGAUCGGCGUCUUCUCUUCGGUGAGCCGGCAGUGGUAUGAGCUGUGCCAGCACCCGGUUCUGUGGGAGUACGUGGCGAAGCGUGUGUGCGUGGUGUACCCCCUCGUGGUGCGUCUGCACUGCACGGCGCCGUACGACGCAGCGAGUCAGGAGCUCGUCAAUCGCAUGCGCUUGCUUGGCGCAGAGGAGCAGUGCGUUGUGCAGUACGACCCUCUGCAGCCCCUGCCCGCCCCGUCGAGACUUGUGCUGCACAAGACGAUAGAGAAGGUGCGGCGCUACCGCGAAAGCCAGCAGUACUACAACUACGUGCAGAGUCGCCGGAGCGUGGUGCUGCACUUCUUUCUCUCCGUCACGCUGCUCUCCGUCUCGAUGGCGAUCACGACGGCGAUGUGCGUGUCGGAGGGGUACGAUGUGUGGGGGCUGUGCACGACGACAACCGUCUUCAGCCUGCUGUGGCUCGCGUACACGUGCAUUGUGGCCAUCAUCGUCUCCAACGUGGUCAUGCAGACGCACUUUGAGCCGCAACCGCUGCUGCUGCGCCUGCGCCGCAACAAACUGCUGAUUGCCGCCUCUGCGGUCACCAUCAUGCUCGGGAUCUGCGACGUGAUCAUACCGACCUUGCUGGUGCAAAUCAACCUGGCGCGGGAGCGCCGCUUCUCGUGGCUGUGGUGCGGCACCACCGUCAUCCUCUCGUUUUGUCUGUGGCAGCUGUACGCGCUCAUCUACAUCAUGCCGGCGGCGAAGGAGCAGCUGCAGUAUCAGAUGACUAGCGUGAACGUGCGAGAGGGAUUCCAGUUUGUCAUGCUGAACAUCCCGAACGGGUUCCCGUUUCUGUUCGCCGCCGCCUCGUUCUGCGCGCUGCAGUACGUGCAGUACGGCCACCGCAUCUACAUUCUGCUGGGCGGGGUGCCGGUGGUCGUCAGCCUCGGCGUGCUCACGCUGGUCUUUUUGCUCGAUUUCUAUUCACUGCGCCGCAUCAAAGACCUCGCGAUUGGCCUGUGUCUCUUCCUCGCGAUGCUCUUCCCCAUCUCGCUGCUCACGAGCGAGUUUCGCGGCCUCAGUCUGCUGCCUCUGGCCGCUGCGUCCUUUGGUGUCUUCUGUGCGCACGCGCGGUACGUGGUGAGUAAGGCGAUCCACGAGCUCAUGCGCACCAUCCGUGCCGAACGCAGCGUCGCCGUCUCCCGCACGCCGGAGUUGUUGAAGAGGCGGAAGCGGCAAUAG